UGUGUGUAAGUGAUGAAAACCUCAACGCAUGGAAAUGUCAAUUUUAUUUUCAUAAAAAAAUUCUGCUGUACAGUCAUUGUUUGAAAAAUGGCGGACACUGGUAGAUCGAGAGUUCCCUCUGCUCGAGAAACCAUGGAAACCUUAAUGGAGAUCUCCAAACUGUUAAACACAGGACUUGACGGGGAGACGCUGGCGACUUGUGUACGUUUAUGUGAGGGGGGUGUCAACCCUGAAGCCCUGGCACUCGUCAUUCAAGAGUUACUCCGGGAGUCAAGUGCUGUCAAGGCAUCUGAGAGUUCUGGCCAGUCCUACUCAUGACACUGAUGUGUUGUUGGGGAGCAUGGACAGAGUGUGAUGAUGUGGAUGAUGCUGUGGAUGCAGCAGCCAACAUCAGCUGUCAUCAACAUAAUGAUGAAGUAGCACUGUACAGAAAACAUAGCGAGAUUCAUCAUAUAUGGACACAGUUUGAAUAUAUUCAACAUGUUCAUGGACAGAGAGGUCUCCCUUACAGUCAGUCCUGCAUAUAGUUCAGGAUUUGUGGAGGAACACUGAUUUUGUUACAGUUUUAUUGAUAAUCAUGCUUGUUAUUGUUAAGAUGUAGUUGUAUAUGCAUGUAUUAAAUAAAUACUGUAUCAUUA